GCAUGUUUGAAAUGGUAACCUUCACCGUCCGGCCGUCGCCUUCAACUUUGCUCACACUUUCCUAACAAAACUUUCUCAGUCAGAGAUGGUCGCUAACAAGUGGCUCACAAAAAAAAAAUGUCCCCCAAGUCCAAAAGAAAAAAAUAAAGGCUCAUAAAAGGCCACCGAGGCAAGGCUCUUCACCCAGUCCGGUUGUUAAACCUGCCGCCGAGGCUGAGCCGCUCCUCCUUUCACUGCUCCAAAAGAAAACCCCCCCACCCAAUGACCUCUCUCCUCCACACGUGCGAGCCGCCGUCCCUUCGCCUACGGUCCUCCCUCCACCGCCACAGCCGGCUCGGCGGGAGGACGGCGGCGCCCUCCCACCUUUCUCGCCCGCCCCGAUCACGUCGGCUAGCGGCGGCCAGGGCGGCGAUGACGACGGCGUCUGACGAGCUGGGAAAGGGGAUCGCGGAGUUCUACGACAAGUCGUCGGGUCUGUGGGAGAGCAUUUGGGGGGACCACAUGCACCACGGCUUCUACGAGGCCGGAGAUCCGGCGACGAUCACCGGCCACAGGGCUGCCCAAAUCCGGAUGGUGGAGGAGGCUCUUCGCUUCGCCGCCGUUUCAGAUGAUCCUCUGAAGAAGCCCAAGAGAAUAGUUGAUGUUGGGUGCGGGAUUGGAGGCAGUUCAAGAUAUCUGGCAAAGAAGUAUGGUGCUAAAUGUGAAGGCAUCACCUUGAGCCCUGUCCAGGUUAAAAGGGCACAUGCUCUUGCCACUGCGGAGGGGCUCGAAGACCAGGUGUCCUUCCAAGUUGCAGAUGCUCUGAAGCAACCUUUUCCAGAUGGGCAGUUUGACCUAGUUUGGUCAAUGGAAAGCGGUGAACACAUGCCAGACAAAACAAAGUUUGUAGGUGAAUUGGCACGCGUUGCAGCACCAGGAGCCACCAUUAUCAUAGUUACUUGGUGCCACAGGGAUCUUUCACCCUCUGAAGAGUCAUUGCAGCCCAAUGAAUUGAAUCUCUUAAACAAGAUUUGCAGUGCAUAUUACCUGCCAGCCUGGUGCUCAGCCAGUGAUUAUGUGAAAAUAGCUCAAGCCUUAUCACUUGAGGAUAUAAAGACAGCUGAUUGGUCAGAGAAUGUGGCACCAUUUUGGCCUGCAGUUAUCCGAUCUGCCUUGACAUGGCAGGGUUUCACAUCACUGUUACGAAGCGGAUGGAAGACCAUUAGAGGAGCGCUUGCGAUGCCUCUCAUGAUCGAAGGCUACAACAAGAAGCUAAUUAAGUUUGCCAUCAUUGCCUGUCGUAAACCUAUGUAGGUGUAUGAUGUAUCCCAAUGCAUAAAAAUGCACCGGCAUGGAGCAGAAAAUUAUCUAUGCAAAGCCAGUAUGCUUGUAUCAUAAACCUUUUCUUUCACUUGAUUUUAAGCUCAAGGUACUUUAACUGAAAGCAUUUGACUUUAAAUCUUGCUGUCACAUGAGCUUAGACACAUUGCAGUGUGCCAGUAUGGAUCAACAAAUGGAGAAACAAAGACCAAGGUGGGUAAUUGAAUUAAAUGGCAUUGUUUUGCA